AUGUCUUCCCCAUUUCCGCUCCUCCGUCUUCCUGGAGUGAUUCUUUGCGAGGUAUUCAAAUCAUUGAAUAUCGGAGAGAAAAUCAAGCUCUCCCUCUGCUCCAAGAAAACCUCGGCUCAAAUCAAUAGUGCUCGUUUGUACUCUCAAAAAGUUAUAGUCGAUCUGAGCAGGUUAUAUCAAAAACUCGAAGUCUCCUCUGAAAAUGACAAGGAUGCAUUUGAAGUCAUUAAUUGUUCCUACAGCGGAGCAAUCAGCGAUCCAAAAAUGCAACAGUGUCCAAUUGCAGGGCUUACUGUACCUGUAAUCUUCUUCGACGAAGGAAUCACAACAUUCUGGAAGAAUCAUCAAGAAGGAUUUCUAUCUGUUAUUGAACAUCUAUUGAAGAUGUUUCAAUGCAAGUUUUCAAUUUAUAAUGCCUAUAAUAGUGAUUCAUUGCAACCAAUAAUUUCUGAGUUGUUUAAUCUACAAGUGGAAUUCCAGAAGCUCACUAUUUACCUUAAAGGAUCAAAAGAUGAGAUCAUUUUCUGGAACCAAAUAUCUAAUAAACUUGAACUGGUUGAGGAUCUUGAACUCUCAUCCAUUCUUAAGCCUAAUUCCAUUCCAGUUUUCAACUCAUGGCCACAGAAAAUUGGUAUCAUAAGGUCCGAUUGGUUCACUCUGGAACAUCUUUUGACGUGCACUUGCACUACAAUUGAACUCGGCUGGUCUCAUCUGGGAAUGAAGGAUUUGAAUACGGUACUCAAGAAUUGGAAGGCUGGAGGAUUUCCGAAUCUAGAAUAUCUGUACGUCGAGGGUCAAAAUAUUCAAAAUAAUGGAACGAUGAAUUGGAGCCAAAUGGUUAUCCAAACUGAUGAUGGAUCAAAGAAGGCAACUAUUAACACUCGUUACAAUAGACUUGAAAUGUAUGUGACUCCAUUUGAUUAA